AUGGAAAAUAAAUUUGUAAAGAUUACACCUGAACCUCUUAUUCUUCAAGAUAUUGUAGAUUUAGUAAAAGAUGACAGUGCAGGUGCUAUUACUACUUUUAGUGGAACAACUCCAUAUAUUCCAAUGGCAGAAAAGAUUUUAUUGUCAAUGAUUGAUGAAAGUAGAUCAAAAUGGAAUUUAAUAAAAGUGGCAAUUUAUCAUCGUGUUAAUACUGUACCUGUUGGUGAAACAAGUGUUAUAAUAGCUGUUUCAAGCACUCAUAGGCAUGAGUCAAUUCAUGCAGUUGAGUGGUUGAUUGAUCAAUUGAAAGAUAAAGCACCAAUUUGGAAAAAAGAAAUUUACGAUGAUGGAAGUGUUUGGAAAGAUAAUAAAGCAAUCUCUUGA